AAUACCUCAUGCUUUAAACAUAAAGUGUGGCAUAUUUCAAGAUCCUACGUUAAUACUGGUCUACUAACAAGCAGUUAGCGGAUGCCGAUGCGAAGGGAAGUAACUCUCUUACGACGCCGAAUUUCUUAACUUGAUUAAUGUAUAAUCUUUUUUCAAAUAUCUGUAUGAUGAUACCUUUUUUUUUCAUUUUGAAGAUGCUUACUCAAAGACUAAAUGAGAUAGAAUCGUGUUUCAAACUGUGUAAAGCCUUAUCGAAUUUAGUUUUAAAAGUUUAUCCAAAAGAGAGGGAGAGGGAAAGAGAAUUUAAGAUUGAAAUAUAUUUUUUCAUCUUUUUGGUUUCACAGACUCGAGUUCCAGACCCAUUAAGUUUGAAAACAAGGAACUGAAAAGCAAGUGUGAUGAUGUCUGGGUAUGCCAGUUAUCUCAACUUUGUUGCUUUGCUGGCAGUAGUUAUAAUAUCACUUCUCACAGAACGAGUCAAUGCAGAGUCCAUCCUGAGAUCAUGGAGGAGGAUGACACCGAGCCAGAACAAGACCAAUAAGUUAAUGUGUUACUACCCACUUCCCGAUUCUCCCCCGAAUACCACAGUCCCUGACAAUCUGGAUCCCAUGCUGUGUACGCAUAUCAUAUUCAUUCCAAGUAUCAUCAGUGCCAGUUGUGAGGUGGCUGUUGCAUAUCCUUUUCACCUUGACUUCUUUUCCAAGGUCAUCCCUGCGAUAAGGCGACAGAACCCAGCCUUGACGGUGAUGCUGUCUAAUGGAGGAGCGUUUGAUCCAGUCCUCGCUUCUCCAUACAACAUGUCCAGAUUUAUCAACAGUACUGUGCCACUUUUGAGGAAGUAUGACUUUGAUGGGUUUGACUUGGACUGGGAGUUCCCUGGCUGGAAUGGUCGCCCUGUUGGACAACGACAUAAUUUCUCUAUGCUUACUGUGGGUCUACAAGAACUGUUUGAGACAGAAUCAAGACAAACAUCCAAACCCCGCCUACUUCUGAGUGCAGCCACGUCUACAGCUAAUGUAAUGCUGGUCAUUUAUGAAUUCCACAUCCUUGCAAAGACUUUGGACUACGUUAACUUGAUGGGAUAUGAUUUCAACUCCUUCAACGAUUUGCACCCAUUUGUGUACUUCAACUGUCCACUGAAACCAGAGAGAUAUGACAAGGAGAUGUUCAUAACCAAUAAUUUGGCCUGGGCAUCACAGGAGUGGGUUCGUAGGGGAAUUCCACCGCAGAAGAUGAUGAUUGGAAUGCCCACCUACGUCCAUACCUACACCCUGUUAUUUGAACACUUUACUGCUCCGGGUUCACCUGCUCGGUCGAAAGGACAGUGUGACUUCUGUGGCUAUACCUGGGCUUGUGCAAUGAUAAAACAGAAUGGCACACGUGUGUUUGAUGAGGGUGCCAGGGUCCCUUAUGUCUACCGAGGUGACCAAUGGGUUAGCUACGAUGAUGAAGGAAGUCUUUCUGAGAAGGCUCAGUGGGUCAAAGAUCAUGGUUUUGGAGGUGUAAUGGUUUGGAAUAUGAAAAGUGAUGAUACAGAAGGUGUUUGUGAUGGAAAAACAAAACAUCCACUCAUCAAAGCCAUCAGGAAAACUCUAUUUGGAGCCUAAGAAGACAGGGACCUUACCUUUGUUUAGGCCAAUAUAAGUAGGGGACCUGCUUGGGUUAGGGUUAGAAGAAGAAAUUUUGGACAUUAGUCUGAGUUAAGUCUUAGGUACCACAUACUGUGACCAGUUUUUUAUUAAUCCGAAUUACACACUCCCCUUCCAAGAGAGAACUCGCACACUUUAUAAGAGAAGUUACAUUGCUGAUGAAACUACUUUUAGUGAUCAGCUUCAGAAUUUUUUUUUUUUUUUGUAAUAUAUAGACAGUGUUAAUCCAUGUGUCCACAAAUAAAAAUAACCACUAGAAGUGUGACACUGUUAAUCCAUGUGUCCACAAAUAAAAAUAACCACUAGAAGUGUGACACAGUGUUAAUCCAUAUGUCCACAAAUAAAAAUAACCAUGACCUUGACCCAUAUUCAAGGUCACUUAGGUCAAAUGUGUUAAAAACUUUAAGCGACUUCUCUCAAAAUACCGGAAAACCUAGAAUCAUUAUAUUUGGCUACUAUGUUCCUCUUAUGGUGUCCUACAAAGUUUGCUAAAAGAAAUGACCUUGACCCAUAUUCAAGGUCACUGAAGUCAAAUGUGUUAAAACGUUUAAACAAUUUCUUCUGAAAUAUCGAAAAGCCUAGAAUCAUUAUAUUUGGCCAGUAUGUUCCUUUUAUGAAGUCCAAGAAUGUAAAAGAAAUGACCUUGACCCAUAGUCAAGGUCACAGGGGUCAAAUGUGUUAAACGUGGAACAUAUGAACAGAUAUAGUAAUGUUGGUCAUAAAGAUCCAGGUGAGCGAUACAGGCCCUCUGGGCCUCAUGUUAUUUAAGAAAUCAAGUGCUGAUGGCAUUGUGUCUAUUUUGAAAAACCACAAAAAUGUUCAAUGAAAAAAUAUUUUUUACAACAUAACCCAAAUAUGUCAUCAAGAGAUGAGUAUAUGGUUACUGAUUUUUUCACGCCUCUUGUUGCUAAUAAGGUGACUUUGUUUAUAUAUUUUUGUAAUAUAUACCACCUUGCAGGACUCUUUACCACAUUCCAUAAAUAUGUUUGGAGUUGUAGUUUUACAUUUUUAAAUCAUGUGUUUAGAAGUGCCAUUAUUUUUAAUAAACAGAUAAUUGAGAUUUGGAUUAGUUGACUAAUCAAGUAAUGAAGAUGUUUUUUUGCCUUUUUACUACGAUGCU